AUGGAGAGGAAGGAGGGGACUACGGGGGAUGAGAGGAGAGAGGAGGAAAGGCGAGAUAAGGAGGGGAGAGAGGAGGAGGGGAGGCAGGAGGAGAGAGAGGAGGGAGGGCAAAAGGAGGGGCGAGAGGAGGGGAUGCAAGAGGAGGGGAAAGAGGAGAAGGAAGUUAUUGAAGGGCGGGGUGUGAGAGAGGUUGGAGGGGAGAGGGAGGGGAAGGAAGGGAGGGGAGUGAGGGAGGUUGGAGGGGAGAGGGAGAAAAAGGAAGGGAGGGGAGUGAGGGAGGUCGGAGGAGAGAGGGAGAGGGGCGAGGGGAGGGAGCAGGAGGAACGGGAGAGACAGGGAGUGGGGGAUGAAGGGCAGGGUGUGGAGUGUGGUGGUGGCAGAGAGAAUAAUGGGCAGAAUGAGAAUACUAAGGAUAAUGAAAUUAGUGAGGCUAGAGAGGAUGACGAUGUGGUGGAAGUGACUGAAACGGGAAAGGGAAAGGGUGAAAAGGGAGGAGGGGAGGUGGGUGAUAGUAGAGGAGAAAGGGGAGAUGAAAGUACGGGGCGUGACUGUGAGGGGGAAUGUGACGUUGAAGAGUGCGAGAUAGUGGAGAGGUGUGUUGAGGUGAGGGAUGGUGAGGGUAAGGAUGCUGAAGAGAGAAGGGAAAGGCGAGUGGCUGGUGGGUUGAGAAGAGGGCGAGUUGGAGAGUUGGGCAGGAGUGGAAGGGAGAAGGGGAAUGUGAAGAAGAGAGAAAGGGAGGGAAAGAGGAGUCGGAGAGGAGAGAAGAAGACGAGGGGGCACGAGGAGGAGGAGGAGGGAGAGGAGGAAGAGGGGGAAGAGGUAGAGGAAAUUGAAAUGGUGGAGGUUGGGGAGAAGGAGGAGGAGAAGAAGGUGGGGGAAGAAGAGGUGAAGGGCAGAAAGAGGGGACGAAAACGGAGUAAGCACGAGGAGAGGGAGAAUGAGGGGGGUGUAGGUGGGAAGGAGGAUGAGGAGGAGGAGGAAGUGGAGGAGGAAGAAGAGGAGAAAGAGAAGGAUUGGGAAGAGGAGGGGGAGGAGGAGAGUGAGGAGGAGGAGAAUGAGGAGGAGGAAGGGGAGCAGGGUAGAGGAAAGAGGAGGUGCAAGCAGAAGGAGAAGCGGUAUGAGUGUGGGCAGUGUGGCAUGGCGUUCACUCGACCGGCAUAUGUGCGACAACACAUGGCCACCCACGCGAACCAGAAGUCCUUUGUGUGCCCACACGAGGACUGCAAAAGAGCGUUCGGGAGGAAGUACCACCUGCAGCGCCACAUGCAGUCGCACGCCCCCGACCGGUUCCCCUGCCCUCACCCCCAGUGUUCCAAAACGUUCAGCCUGCAUGCCAGCAUGCAGCGACACGUGAGGGAGCAGCACUGGGAGGAGGAGGGGAUACGCGACCGGCUGGAUAGAGUCAACAAAGAGAUCAAGGCGAGGCAGCAGGAGGAGGAGGGGAUACGCGACCGGCUUGAUCGGGUCAACAGAGAGAUCAAGGAAAAGGAGGAGGAGGGGGGAAUCGGGGAUCGGCUGCGUAGUGUGAAGCAUAAAGGAGGUGGAGUUAGGGAGAGUAAGGGAGCUGGAGCCGAGCAUAAGGCUCAGGAAAAGGGGGAGAAAGCACAGGAGAAAGAACAGGAUGAAGCACAGGAGGAGGCACAGGAGAAAGCACAGGAGGAGGCACAGGAGGAGGCACAGGAGAAAACGCAAGAGAAAGCACAGGAGAAAGCACAGGAGAAAGCACAGGAGAAAGCACAGGAGGAGGCACAGGAGGAGCCACAGGAGAACACGCAAGAGAAAGCACAGGAGAAAGCACAGGAGAAAGCACAGGAGAAAGCACAGGAGGAGGCACAGGAGAAAGCACAGGAGAAAGAACAGAAGAAAGCAGAGGAAACGACACAGGAUAAAGCACAGGAGGCGGCUCAGGGGAAAGCAACAGAAGCAACAGGAGGGCAAACAGGAGGGGUGGAGGAGAAGAGGAGAGGGGAGCAGGAUAGGCAAGGUCUGGAAGAGAGGAUAGGAGGGGAGGAGGAGAGGAUAGGAGUGGAGGAGGAAAGGAGAGGAGGGGAAGAGGAUAGCAGAGGAGGGGAAGAGGAGAGGAGAAAAGGCGAGCAGGAGAAGAGAGGGGGCGAGGAGGGGGUUGGAAAGGGUUUUUGUGCGAUGGAGAGUGGUGAGAAGGGGUGUGACACUCAAAUGUGUGAUGCUGAUUUGUUUGAUGCUGCUGAAGCAGACAGGCAGGAAUUUGCUGACGUGGAGGAUAACAGAGAGAUCCCUGCGACCAAUGGGAGAGCGGGUGCGGUGCAAGGGAUGCACGGGCACCUGCAGCAACAGAAGCGGCACCUGAAGAAACACCUGGGGGUUGUUGGGGAUCAUGUGGAGAGGCACCUGAGGGAGAAGGAGCAGUGUGGUAUGGAGGUGAAAAAUCACCUGAAGCAACAGAAGGAACAGCUGAGGGCAAUGAGGGAGCACCUGAGGAGGAAGGAGAUUCUCCUGAAGGAGGAGGAGGAAUUUCUGAGGCGGCAGCAGGAGCACCUGAGGCAGCAGAGGGAGCACCUGAAACAACAGAACGAGGACCUGAGGCAGCGGGAGGAGCAGCUUGCAAGGCAAGAGAAGCACCUGGGGAAACACCUGAGCGGGGAGCACAUGGGAGGGAAUGGGCUGUUGCUGCUGCAGGAUGCAGUAUGCUUAAGUUCUGGUGCUGCUGUGGGGACGACUGGUGGUGAUGUGGUGGCAGCUGAUGCUGACGUGGCAGCUGCUCGUGCUGAUGUGGCAGCAACUGAUGGUGAUGCAGAAGUGGCUGUUUCUGAUGUGGCAGGUGGCGAUGGUGAUGUGGCAGCUGCUGGUGGUGAUGUGGCAGAAGCUGUUGAUGAGGUGGCAACCAAUGCUGAUGCAGUGGCGAGUGCUGGUACGAGUGGGGGCGAUGCGGGGGCUGAUGGGGAUGCGGGGGCUGAUGGGGAUGCUGAUGGGGGGGUUGGUGGGGCCACUGUCGGGGGAGCUGGCGGGGGAACUGGGGGGAGAACAGUGGGGGGCACUGUUGGGGGCACUGGCGGGGGAACUGGGGGGAGAACAGUGGGGGGCACUGUUGGGGGCACUGGCGGGGGAACUGGUGGGGGCACUGGUGACAGGGAGAAGGGGAGCGGGAGGGAAGAUGACGGGGAGAUGAUGGGAGGAGGCGAGGGAAGGGGAGGUGGCCAGGACGUUGGUGGAGAAACCAUGGUGUUAGGGGGAGUGAAGAAGUAUAAGCAAGCAGGGAUGAUGAGCUGGAAGCGAAGGAGGUGGUGUGAUAAGGACAUGGUGAGACAAGGGGACAUGGCAAGAGAUAAGGAUGUGGUGAAAGGCAAGAGUAAGAUGGCAGGAAAGCUGGUAAAAUGCAAGGAAAGAGACGGCACCAUGCAGAUAGACGGCAAGUCAAGAGAGAGGAAGCUGGAGGCAUCGGGAGAAGGGAAGUCAAGGGACGGACCAUGCAAAGGCACCGAGGCAAGGCAAGCGGAACGAGAAGAAGGAACGACCACAGGAAGCGAGGAAGAAGAAGACACGUCAGCAUCAAGUGACGAGGACGCAGCAGCAGCAGCAGUAGCAGCAGGGGAGGGCACAACGGGCACAGCAGAGGGAGCAGACGGAACAGCGUCAGCAGGGGAAGGCGCAGCAGAGGGGGCGGACGGGGCCAUAUGCGGCUUCUGCUUCGCUGCCUUCCCGUCCCUCUCUGCCUUGGAGCAACACACGCAGCAGCAGCACCGCUCCGUACCCUGCCCGCAGUGCAACAAGCGCAUCUCCUUCUCUCGCUUCAAACGUCAUCUCAAGGAGCAGCAUGAGGUGGAGCAACGACCAUCCCACCCGUGCAAGGUGGAUGGGUGCAACAAGGCAUUCAGCUCGCCCAGCAACCUGAGGACGCACAUCAGGGCAUGCCACAACAACGAUCGCCCCUUUGCAUGCUCCGUCCCAGGCUGCUCGCAACGCUUUGCAUACAAGGUCAACCUCUCGAGGCAUGUGGCAGCCAUACACGAGAUGACACCUGCACAGAACGUGGUGGAGAGGGAUGAGGCCAUGCACAAGCGACAGAGGCUCACAGGAAGACCUUCGGGUUCUGAUGGAGCAGCGUUUCUCAGUGAAACGCUGCAUGCUGUAGAUGCAAAUUCUGGAGACGCUCAACCUGCAAUGGUGAACUUAUCACCUGGUCAAGUCAACGCUUUCAUCUGGUGUCUUCUUAUCGGUUUCACGGGAUGGCUGCUUCACUGGCUUCUCGCCUACGUCUCUCUAUGGCGGCGGGGAAACCAGUUCCCUGGUCCCAAGGGUCACUUCCUCUGGGGAAACACGGCAGAGCUUUCGGGAGCUGGAAGCGUUACCGACCUUAUCGCAAGGCUUCACUCGGAGUACGGGCCCGUUGUAAGGCUCUGGAUGAGCCCGACGAAGCUGCUUAUAUCGAUUCGCGACCCGACGCAGGUUCGCAAGGUGCUGAUGCGAGCUCUUGAACGACCGCCGGCCUUCAGCCGAAUCAUGGCUCGCUGCCUAGGAGCGGAUUCCACUCGCUUCUCUUCCCUUAUGCAGCCGCGGGCCCGCAGGUCCUUCUUAGAUUACCACUGCCAUACCACGCUCAAGUUUCAGGUUCACGAGGUGACGUCAACCGUCGUUCACAUGACGUCACGCCAGUGGACGUCCGUGGCCGGGUCUGGCGGGGAGAUUGACGUGGGUGGUGUAGCUAGGGAUAUGGCCGUUGGUGUACUUGGUGGUUCUCUUUUUGGUAGCGGGUUUCCUAUGUCGAGGAUCCACGCUCGCUUACAGGUUCUAUUAGAGAAGAUAUCUGCAGGAGCGCAGGUUUUUUCGCGGUUUCCAGUCGAACCGUUUUGGCUUCCGUCGUAUUGGCAGUUUUCCCGCGUUUGCGACGAGUUUCGCGAAGUUAUGCGAAGGCUCAUGUCAGGCGAAUGCGAGGGCGUCAAGUGCGAGUUACCCGACAUUGGCGUUGCCAACUUCAGCAGCAGAGGUGGCGACUCGGGUAAUUCCGGAUGCGAAGGGGAAGGAGCCUCGCAGAAUCCCGUCGCCGCGGCUGCUGCUUCCGGUGGUGUUAGUCUUGUUUCCGGCGUCAACAUUGGUGCUGGUGUUGACGCUGCUGCUGCUGCCGUAUCUUCCACUUCCCCUAGGCGCCGGGUCAUGGCGCAAGGAGCGCCUCACGAGGGUUUUCUCUCCGCCAUGCUGUCGGAACGGUCCCGUUAUGGGCAACCGCUUUAUAACGAGACGACAGCGUUGGCGGAAGCCGCGUCCCUCAUGCUUCACGGUCACCUCUCGGUUCCCGGACUGUUGGAGCGAGUACUCGUCGCUCUCGCUGCACACCCCGACAUACAGGACAAAGUCGUACAGGAGAUCCGCGCUGUAGCGAAUGGCGGAGCGCCUAUUGACGAGGAUCUGCAGAGGCUGGCCUAUCUGAACGCGGUUAUAUACGAGACGUGCCGCUUAAUGCCGUGUCAGCCGCUGGUCACUAGAUGCGCGCUUUCGGAAAAUAUACGUCUGCCUGUCUCUCCGUCACCUCAGUUUGGUAGCAGCAGCGACGGAGGGUUUCGUUUUGCGAGCGAAGGCUCUUCUUGUGGGGAAAUGCACGGGGAUGUCCAUGAAUGGGUGCAGAGCGGUGGAGAUGGUGACAACACUCGGUUUCUUUCGGUUCCCUCUGGGACCGUUUUGGCGCUGCCCAUGCACCUCCUGCAAACGGACCCCUCGUUUUGGGGCGACGACGCUUUGGAAUUCCGGCCUGAGCGCUUCAUUCGGUUCAGAAUGCAGCAGGAGAAGAGCGACAGUGACGGGAAGGAAGGGCAGGAAGGGCAGGAGAGCGAGGGAGGGAAGGAAGGGAAAGUAGGGAAGGGAAGGAAGGGAAGCAAGGGAGGCAAGGGAGAAAGGGAACGGAAGGGAGAGGGGGAGGGGGGGCAUUGGAGAGAGGGGUUGGUUCCGGGGAGGGACUAUGAGUGUGUGGCGCCGGAGCAGGGGGAGCAUUUCCUCAUGUUUGGAGGCGGGCCGCGGUCGUGCGUGGGACUGCGAUUUUCUUUCAAGAUCGUGCGCGCAGUUGUGGCGCUGCUGCUGCACCAGUUUGAGAUCUCCCUGUCGCCCGACAUGCCCCACGCCUUCUCCUCUCAGCUCUACAACCUCGCCCUCCACCUCUCUCCCUCCCCUAAGAUCCGAGUCUCCAUGCGCACGCCCAUUCCUACCAUGGACCCGUGCGACACUCUUGCUCCUGCUGACGUUGCUCCUGCUGACGAUGACCUCACAGCAAGUUUUUAG